CCUGGCAGUAACUUCCAUUUCUUUUAAACUCUGCAAAUGUUCUUAGAGAUACUCCACUGGUAUUUUAAGGGAAGGUUGGAGGAGUUAAGUACAAUCAUGGCUGGAGAGCUUAAUGGUGACAGUGAAUCUCAAGAAAAAGAUGACAUGGAUUUAGAUGAAAAAAGCAAACUUGCCUACCGAACCGGUGAAAUGGAUAUUGAUGAAUGCUAUCACCAAGUCAGGUUCUCAGAGAACAAUAAAUUGGUGAAGAACAUUGGGAAGGUUGUUCGUGAUCUCAGAAAUCUUGGAUUUAUGUCUAUGACUGAAGAUGCUUAUGCUUCUGUUAUCUUUCUGCUUCUAAAGGCUAAAGUACAUAAUCUGGCUGGUGAUGAUUACAGGAGUUCUGUUCUGGAGUCCAUUAAACGAUGGAUACAGGCUGUACCUCUCCAGUUCUUGCGUGCACUUCUUGCUUAUCUUGGUGACUCUGUUAGUUAUGAUAGUCCUUCAUCUGGUCAAAAAUCUCCUUUGGCUUCACAUCCUUCUUCAUGCUAUCCUGGAAUUGAUACACCCUCUGAAGGACUUGUUAGAUGGCAGCUGCGGCUAGAGUAUUUUGCUUAUGAGACAUUGCAAGAUUUGAGAAUAGCCAAACUAUUUGAGAUCAUUGUGGAUUAUCCUGACAGCUGUCCGGCUAUUGAAGAUUUAAAACAAUGUCUUGAAUAUACUGGACAACAUUCUAAGCUGGUUGAAUCAUUUAUCUCAGCGCUACCAUAUCGUUUGCUUACUGCUGGUGCCUCAACUAAUGAUAUAUUGCAUCAAUAUGUCUCAACUAUCAAAGCACUACGAACAAUAAACCCAGCAGGUGUUUUUCAUGAAGCAGUUGGUGAACCAAUAAGAGACUACUUAAGGGGAAGGAAAGAUGCAAUAAAAUGUAUUGUUACAAUGCUUACUGGCGGGACUGGUGGGACUGGUGGAAAUCCAAAUAUAUCUGGAAAUACUGGAGAUUGCCUUCUUGAAGAAUUAAAUAGAGAUGAAGAAAGUCAAGAGAAUACUAAGGACUAAGGACAACAAUCAAAAGCUACUCUAACUCAAGAAGGUCAAGCAGAAUUAUUUGUGCCCAAAAAAAGAAAAAGAAAAGGAGAGAGUAGGACUUUCUCUCUUCACUCAGCAAAUGGCUGGCCUUAACCUCUAGCAUUGACUUGUUGUUAUGUAACCUUCCAGAUUUUGACAUUUUUUGCUGUGGCUGAUCAUAACUUUGUCAAAUAGUAGUUUUUGAAAUAGACUUCCCACGAAGGGGAAAAAAGCACUAAAAAUGUGAAUGCUUGUAGAUAAAAGAUUUUAGAUUUGUUGCUUUUGGGAAAUUUAGUAAGCAUCUCAGUUUUGGCAAGCCUUGGACAAUGAUUUGGUCAAGUAUCAGGAUUAAACCGAAGAUGUAAAUGUAUUUAUGCAUCUUGAUGAACUUUGUCAAGUGUCAUAUUGUUCC